GUAGAGAUUUAUAUAUGGCGACAGCGAACGUGGCUAAUCCUGGCCGUGGCGACCGUAGGAGAGGCGGUGGAGAAAGAGAUGACGACAAGUCGGUCUUCAAGACGACCACAGGGGUUGAGGCCGUCGCGAAUUUCGAAGACAUGGGAAUUAACGAGAACGUUCUUCGUGGUCUCUACGAGUACGGUUCCGAGAAGCCAUCGGCCAUUCAGCAGAGGGCUGUCAUGCCGAUUCUCAAAGGGCGAGAUGUUAUUGCUCAAGCCCAUUCCGGUACGGGAAAGACCUCUAUGAUUGCCCUCUCCGUCUGCCAAGUCGUUGACACUUCGUCUAGAGAGGUUCAGGCCUUGGUAUUAUCCCCAACAAGAGAGCUAGCUUCACAAACAGCGAAGACGAUACAAGCUAUAGGAUUACACGCCAAUAUCCAUGCACAUGCAUGCAUCGGUGGGAAGAGCGUUGGAGAAGACAUCAGGAGGCUGGAGCAUGGUGUCCAGGUUGUGUCUGGGACACCUGGUCGUGUCUGUGACAUGAUAAAGAGGAGAAGUCUACGCUCCAGAGCUAUUACUAUUCUGAUUCUUGACGAAUCAGAUGAGAUGCUGAGUAGAGGAUUCAAGGACCAGAUCUAUGAUGUUUACAGAUAUCUUCCACCGGACCUCCAGGUUUGCUUGGUUUCUGCAACUCUUCCUCGGGAGAUUUUGGAGAUGACAAGCAAGUUCAUGACGGAUCCAGUGAAGGUACUUGUGAAGCGUGAUGAGUUGACUCUUGAUGGAAUCAAACAAUAUUUUAUUGCUGUCGAGAAGGAGCAGUGGAAAUUUGAAACACUCUGUGAUCUUUUCGACACACUUACCAUUACUCAAGCUGUUAUCUUCUGCAAUACAAAA